GAGAGAGAGAGAGAGAGAGAGAAAAGAACCACAGUCUGGACUGGAGCUGCCCUUCCUUAUCUCGGCGAUCAUCAGCUAUUACAUUGUUGAUCAGAUCAGCAUCAUCGGCUGCCAGAGAUAUGGUAUGAGACUGUGACAGAAAGAACAGAACUCGCGUUGGUAGAGCUGCAGCUCCCUGUGAAGCAACAAUAAUUGAUAAUUGCUCCAACUGGACAGGAAACUGAGUGGCGAUGAGGCGUCUGUGUUUUCUGGUUGCUUUGUUGGUGUGUUCGGGAUAUGUGGAUGCGGACACUCCUGCCAACUGCACCUACGAGGAUAUCAGGGGAGAAUGGAUAUUCGUCGAGGGGAGACGGGAGUUCGAUUCUGGUGUCAACUGCACUGGUUUCGAUGGUCCUGCCACUCAUACUGUGAGACUGCGACUUCAGUUCCCGAACGUGGUUGUCGAUGCAGCCGGAAACAAAGGUUACUGGACCAUCGUGUAUAACCAAGGGUUCGAGGUGGUCAUCAACUAUAGGAAGUACUUCGCCUUUUCCCUCUACGAGCAGGAUCCCGAUGGGAAAGCUUCAGCCCGCUGUGACAGGACGCUGCCCGGAUGGAGUCAUGACGUCCUAGGCAAGAACUGGGCCUGCUACAUCGGCCGCAAGGUUCGAGGGAAAACCCUACCGAAAGUCUACGAAAGAAAUGAGCUGUACGACUACAGCACUCUUCGAUCCACUUUCUACCACAGCAAUGCUUACGUCGAUUUCAUCAAUCGAGUCCAGAAGUCGUGGAGAGCUAAGGUUUACCCUGAGCUGGACAACAUGUCGCCAACGGAUCUCCUCAGAAGGGCAGGAGGUGUUAGAUCGCGCAUAGAUAGCUUACAACCAUCUCGCCACCCAAGGCCUCCACUUAUUCUGACAAAGAUGUCGAAGGUCUCACCCACCUUACCUGCAGAAUUCGAUUGGAGAAACGUAAGCGGAAUCAACUACGUAUCGCCGGUCAGAAAUCAAGGCAGUUGUGGAAGCUGCUACGCAUUUUCUUCUUUGGCGAUGUUGGAGUCCCGCCUUCGUAUUAUGACGAAUAAUUCCUUGAAAGUAACAUUCUCACCUCAAGACAUUGUCAGCUGCUCCGAUUAUUCGCAAGGUUGCGAAGGCGGUUUCCCAUAUGCUAUAGCUGGUAAAUAUGCCCAGGAUUUCGGAGUAGUACCGGAAGAUUGUUUCCCUUAUGAAGGGCACGACGGAGAUUGCAAUGCGAAGAAAUGCAAAAGAUAUUAUGUGGCUCGAUACAAGUACGUAGGAGGAUACUUCGGUGGAUGCAACGAAGAGCUCAUGAAACUAGACUUGCUGCAGAAUGGACCAUUGACAGUUGCAUUCGAGGUGUAUCCCGACUUCAUGAACUACGCCGGUGGCAUCUACCACCACACGGGCGUCGGUGCCAGAUUCAAUCCGUUCUACCUGGUGAAUCAUGGAGUGUUGAUCACAGGUUAUGGGAUCAGCAACGAAUCAGGAGAGAAGUUCUGGAUCGUCAAAAACAGUUGGGGAACAGGUUGGGGGGAGAACGGCUACUUUCGAAUAAGGCGGGGCACCAACGAAUGUAACAUAGAGAGCAUGGCUGUUUCUGCGAUACCAAUACCCUAAAAGAUUAUUUAAAUAAAUUGAAAUAUGUUGCUUACAUUUAUGUUAAGCAAAAUAUUUUACUGAAUCUAAUGCAAUUAAACCUGUCAAUAUAACAAUAUUUUCCGUUGACAAAAUUUUCAUCCUUGUCUUUCUUGCAACAAAUACAGAAACUCAGACUCGGGGAAAAAAAAGUAUUGAAAGAUUUUGAAUACCUUAUGAAAUUCAAUAUUUUCUUCUAUUAUUUAUUUAAAUAGAAAUGUGGGUGUUGAAACUUUGCUUUGAAGAAAAUAUAAGUUACUAAUGCAGAACAAUUCAAUGUAAUCAGAAUUUUGUUGUUUUAUGUUGUACCUCUUUUGUAAAUUAAAAAUUGUUGCAAAAUAA